CACAAUAGUAUACAUGUCUAACUUCAAUCAUUUCGCAACAUAAUGUAAAAAGUCAUGAUACCGUUCAAGUGUUUAUAAUCUAUUGAUUGUAUUUAGCAGUAGGAUCCAGGGCGUUCAUUUCAUCCUAUUUGGGACUCGUCAGCUGGAGGUACCUGUAUCUCCGGUGUUGAUGUUCAUGUUGGAACUUAAACUCAAAAUAUUUAUAUCGAGGGAAUUUGUAGAUAAUCAAUAUAUAACAAUGAAGUCAUUUUGAAGUAUCACCAUGCCUGUUGAACAAGUUUAUGGUUAUAUGGACUCAGCAUAUAUUUUGGUAACGGGUGGACAUUUGAAGUUAAAGGAGCUUGGCUUCAAUCUUAAUGAGAAUGACAGUAUCACCGAAAUGCAAGUACACUCACCUUACAGGGUCUAACCACACAUGAUUGAGAUACACUUGGAAUAGAGGUUCGUAAGCUACCAUUUAUUUUUUAAAAAAAUGGUUUAAUUAAUAUGAAAUGUAUGUACAUCACUUACAAACUUGAACUCGUAAGGUAAAUGUUGUGAAAAGAAAUUGAAUUCUUUUAAUAAUUACGUAAAGUAUUAAUUAAAUAUACAACAACUUAAAUGAUGGUUUAAAUUCAAUCAUAGCCUAUCAGCAAUUAAAAUAAGCAAUAAGAACAUAAAUAUGGAAACUGUUGCGUUUAGAUAAACAUUCAUGAAACCUAUAAAUGCUAGAAAUAACUGUUAAAACGGUUUAGAGAGUGUAAUUACAAUAAUAAGUACGGUAAAUACUAUAAGUUUAUGUAAAUAAUUGAAGAUACUACACAACAAAAACGUACGUCAUUCCGUACAUUUGGGAAUUAUUAAGAAAUGUAACCAAUUACUGAAUAUUAACGAGUAGUAUGAAACAAUAAACAAAAAAUGAAUUACAUAGGUACCUAGCCAACACUUUUUCUAUAUUUAUUUCUUUUCUGACCUGUACGUGCAGUUGGAUGAUAACAGUCAAAAUAUUGUCAAUUCCUUGGUUGAAUUGGAUAGAACACGUAGAAACGCUCAAUCAGCGGCUGACGCACUACGUGAAACAGAUCGAUGGAUUAAUUUGAUUCAAUGUAUUGACGAGUUGUUUGAAGUUGGUGAUCUUGAUCAGCUUUGCUCGAAUAUUGAGGGCAUGAGUCAAUGUUUAACAUCUUUUAUUCAUUUAAAUGAUUAUGAUGAACGUGUAAAACAAGUUGAUAAGUAUAAAAAUAAUUUAGAAACUUUAAUAGCUCCAAAAUUAAUUCAAUCAUUUGAUGAUUUAAGUGUAUUCAUGAUGUCAAUGAAUACAUUAAUGUUAACUAAUGACAAUUACAAUUAUGCUAAUGUCGAUAGCAAUAAUAAUAAUGAUAGAUUAGAAACAACUACAAUGUAUCAUCAAAAUGAUCAUUUAAAAUUAACUUCACAUUUAAUUAAUUUAUUAUGUCGAAUUGGACGUGAAAAUUCAGCUAGAAAAUAUUAUACUACUUGGUUAAAAGAACAAGUGGUCGGCUUUUGGGAUCGUAGUGCUUGUCAAACAGUAGAAAAUACUACAACUGAUAAAUCGGACUCUUUGACAAUGAUGGUGGUGGUAUUACCUGUCAUUAUACAAAAAUUAUCCUCUUAUCAAUCGAAGAUAUUUACAUAUAAAGAACGACAAAAAUUAAAUUGUUUGCCAAUAUUCCCUAACACCGAAGUGAAUUCUGAUCAGUUGAUGAAUUCACCAAUGAUCAAUAAUAUCAUAUAUUUCUACGCUUUAUUGAUAUGCUUUUUUAAAGGACAGUUAAAUGCAAGUUUAAUUUUUCACUGUCAAGUAGAUCAACCUAACUGUAAUCAUCAUCAUCAUGAAGAACAACACCAACAAAAGUCAGAGCAUCUUUUUCCUAUUGAGUUACUUAUGGAUUUUACCGAUUCAUUAAAGUCAUUUAAGCCAUUUCAAAUAUUUACCAAUUCUAUAGUGAAUUAUCAACUAAUUGGAUGUUUAUUUCGUGUAACUGUCGGAUGCUUACAGUAUUUUGAAGAAUUACUAAUUCCUUUUUAUUCAGAUAUGAUAAACAGAAAGGUUUGUUCCAAAGAUAAAACAACCUUAUUAAGAAUAAAUAACAAUAAUAUUGAUUAUAAUCAGGAUAAUAUUGACAAUUCAAAUUCUGUUGACAAUUUUAAAUUGGCUUUUAUUCAAUUAAUUCAAGUAUUUAUUCAUCCAUUUAUAAAUUUACCAGAAUUAUUCAGUAAUUAUAUACAUAAACAAUUUGAUUAUAAACGAAAUGAAUUAAAUAUUACAGUUGGUAAUAAUAAUCCAUCAGAUGUUUUGGAUAAAUUGAACAAAGAUGUUGUAAUACAAUCAAUUUCGCUCUUCUAUGAUACAAUUCAUUUGUGUUUUCAAGAGACUGGUGCAAUAGGGAUUCCUUUCAUAUUAGAUAUUAUUCAAAGUUAUUGGGAUUCAUUAAUUGCUAAUUGGAUAAUAUGGAAUACAUGGAUUGAAAAACAAUUAAUGAAAACUGACAUGGAAUUAAAUUAUCAUCAGGCUUAUGGUUUUAUGUGGAUAUUAAAAUUUGCUCAUUUAACAGGGGAAUUAGCUUCACAAUCUGACAUUUUCGUGGAAUAUGUCAUGUCUAAAUGUUCUGAUUGGUUAUCGUUUGUUCUUAAUUCGACUGAUAAUAUAUUAACUAAAGACAGAACAAACAUCAACUUCACUACUGAUGAUGAUCAAAUAAAUAUAAAUGAAGAUAAUAAUCUUUGUAUGCCAACUAUAUCUGGUUGUGUUUUAUAUCAGUUAGCUUUAAAACAAUCUAUCGAUUGUCAACAAGCAAUUCAUUCACUUGCUCAUUCGUCUAAUUUAUUAACUUCAUUUAAUUCAUCAGUUGAUUUAUUAAAUAAAUCAAAAUCAACCAUAGUUAAAUCACAUUCUAAUUUAAAUGGAGUGCAUAGAUCCAGUUCAAUGCUUUGUCGUUCUACAAUUGGUGUAGUACGUGAAAUUGCAUUGACACCAAUACGUUAUUAUUUAAAACCUGUACCAGAUUUAGAUAUUUGGUUUACUCAUCCAAAUAAUGGUGAAGAAUGUUUACCGGAUUUGGCUUAUUUACCACAAGAUUAUAUUACAAAAAUUGGUCAAUAUUUAUUCAUGCUACCAGCACAAUUAGAACCGUAUUUAUCGUCAAUGAACGAGUUGAAUCUUGAAGCUCAAUUGAACGAUCAAACAAUCAUUCCAUCAUUGAUAUCCAGUGUUGAUGGUUUAACCCAUUGCUUUCAAUUAGGUGAUUCCGAUGUUAUUUACUCGAUGAUGUCGCAUAAAAUAAAUGACCAUUCUAAGCACCAACAACAUCAUUCAGAAGAAGAAGGUAAAGAACAGACUAGUUCAACCCAAACAAAGGCAACAACAUCUGCUAGAAAACGUCAAUUGAGCAGUAAUUUUAAUCAACUCAAACAAAUGAUAAUGACUAAUGAUAAUAUAAACUCAACGGAAAUUUCUUCAGUUUAUUGUUGGUUAGAAAAUUUAAUAUCUGUGAAUGUAUGUGAUUUGAUUUUAAAUGCAAUCUUACAAAUUGGGUUGAAUAAAUCUGUAGUUAACUCGUCAGUGACAGCGACUUCAACGACAGCGUCAAUGUCCAAAACAUCCAAAGCAUCGAAAUCCAAAAGUGAUUCUUUGAAAGAAAACACCUUUGCUCGUGACGCCAAUAAAAUUGAUGACGAUGGUGAUGAUGGUAAUGAUGACGAUAGUGUUGAAGAUCAGCUAUUACUUACUAAACAUGGUUUAAAACAACUGGAUGUUGAUCUUGGUUAUCUGUUUAGCAUGCUACAUGAUUUAGGUGUCAGUGUUCCGUGUAAUCUACAGAUAUUACGCGACUUAAUCAAUUGUGAUGCAGAUCAAUUUCCUAAAUUGUGCGCCGAUCGUCCACCGAAAAUUGUAAAUGCUGUGGCUAAUUUUCGUGGUUUUUAAUUAUUACUUUGUUCUAAUAAACGUAGUCUUUUUUACUUGCAAAUAAACAUAUCAUUUUUGUUCUUUUUUCAAUUCGGUAAACUGUCUAUAUUGAAUUUACCUGUAUUCUUUAUCUAUCCUUGUACUACCAGUUUCUUUGAAUAAAUAAUUCUUCCUUUACAGU